CAUGCAGUCCCUGAACCAAGAGGAUAAGGGACACGGAGUCCACUGACCCGCCCCACUUGCCAUUAUCACGUGUUUGAGCACAAUGCUGUCGGUUUCGGCGCUGAAGCUGGAACAUCCUUUGUUUAAUGCACUGGCCGUCUCAAGUCUGCUACUGCUUCCAGUUGUUCUCCAAUUGACAAGACGCUCCAAUUCAUCGUCACUCGACUCGAAAGAGAGAACGGGAUCAGAGCGACGGGAGGCAGCUCGACCGCCUUGGACGCUUCCGGUGCUGCAUAACACACUACAAUUGCUCCUAGCCCGUAAUGGCAUACACGAAUGGAUCACGACCAACUGUGCACAGUUUGGAGGUCGACCGUUCACUGUGAAAGCUUUGGGUUUACCAGAAAUGCUGGUGGUCUCUACUGCUCAGGCGCUCGAGGACGUACUUAAGCAUCAGUUCAUGAACUUUCCAAAGGGACCACACGUUAAAGAGAAUAUGAAGGACUUGCUGGGCGACGGCAUCUUUGCAGUUGAUGGGGUCAAGUGGGCGCAUCAACGAGACGUUGCUCGUGAAUUGUUCCGGACUCAGGAGCUUCGGGAGUGCAUGACCGAAGCUAUCACUAGACAUACCAUGGCUCUACACGACGUAUUGAAGAAGGUGUGCGCUAGAAAUCGCUCGGUGAACUUGUAUAAACUAUUAAGCUGCUUCUCAACCGAAGUGUUCACGGACAUCAGCUUCGGAGUGACAUUGAACUGCCUCCGAGCCAACAAAGAGCUGCCGUUCCAGGCUGCUUUUGAUCGUGCACAGCGGCUAACAGCUCAACGUUUCGUUCGGCCCCGUUGGUUCUGGAAGAUGCAACAGCGACUGGGCUUGGGCUCUGAGGAUCAGCUCCAACUCGACAUUAAGGAGAUCGACGCAACGGUAAUGAGUAUCGUCCAGCAAGUCCUUGUGAACCGUGCAUUGACUCCCGAAGACGGCAAGGCGAAGAACCUCAGCAUGUUGUCACUCUUUCUUGAUAUCCUUGCCAAGUCGCCAAAGACGAAGGAGCAGCAGUACGACCCCGUUUAUUUGCGCGAUGUGGUUGUCAACUUUCUCGUAGCGGGGCGUGAUACCACAGCUCAAGCUCUGAGCUGGUUCUUCUACAAUGUAAGCCAGAACCCACGAGUGGAGAACAAACUUCGACGAGAAAUUUACAAGAAGCUACCAGAGUUAAUAACCGCUGAGUGCUGCGUCCCAACUCUCCAACAAGUCAACAGACUGGUGUAUCUAGAAGCAGUGAUCAAGGAGACACUACGUUUGUAUCCAUCCAUGCCAAUCUCUCCGAAGUAUGCCGUGCGGGACACCGUGCUAUCCGACGGCACUUUCGUCUCCGCCGGGACCAUGGUCUGCCUUCCAUUGUUUGCUAUGGGUCGAAUGACGCACGUGUGGGGCCCUGACGUUGCAGAAUUCAAACCUGAGCGUUGGAUUAACCCUUCCACGAAGACAAUCAUUAGCGUAUCGGCAUUCAAGUUCGUUGCCUUUAACGCAGGACCUCGCAUGUGUAUUGGUAGUUCACUAGCCAGUCUUGAACUUAAGCUGGUGGCAGCAUCUCUACUCAGUAGAUUCCACAUCCACGUCGAGAACCCGGACACUGUGAGCUACGAUUUCUCGUUAACUUUACCAGUCAAAGGCCCCAUGAACGUCAGACUGGCACGAGUAUCAGCUGGAUUCGCGUAA